AUGGCGAUCCCCCCUCUAGAUACCUCUUGGACCGAGACCUUCUUCUCCGGCGAAGAACCUCCUUCUGAAGAGAACUACUGUUCAAAGCCCCAAGGCCUCUCGACCUUCCGCCACUUUCCUGUGCCCGAUAAAAACUGGAUAUUCGGACGACGACUAUCCGAGAACAAUGGCAGCCCGAUUGUGGUCCUUCGGCUAUACAGCAAGGUGGGCGGGGUGAAGCGGAGCUAUGCUGCAAAGAUGUUUCCAGAAUAUACCCUUGAUGAUGCCCAAGCGCAAUGGUACCGCAUCCCCUCGACAUGGUUCACGACGCAGGACAUCCAAGACGAGUUUGACAACUUCCUCAACGAGGCUCGAGCAUUCGAACGUAUCACCCGUGCGUGUAGUGAGGGCGAAAAGAUCUAUUUUCCCCAAUACCACGGGGUUCUCAUUCCAAUUGAGCGGACCAAAUUCGACAGGCGGUUCCAGCCACGCAAUCAAGCCGUCGUUCUCGAAUCAUUGACCCGUGAUGAAACAGCUCGUCGGAUCCUAGGCACGCCCGAGUUCGGUGAAGACUUCCAAAAAGUUCUUGAAUUCCCACAGCAACUUCAAAACCAAAAUCUCACGCAGUUUGAAUUGAACUGGUAUAUGUCUCUCUUGGACAACCGACUCCGUAGAGUGAAUGCCCUCCACAAUGUUGGCAUCUUGCAUAGUGACAUAGGAGAUCGUCAUUUUCGCCUCCCAGAAGACUUUUAUGAUAAGGUACUUUAUGACUUUUCCGCAGCCUAUACUUUCUCUAGAAAGUGGCCGUAUAAAUUGUCCAUUCGUCGCAGACCGCAGAGGCUGGAAGCUAUAAGGAAGAUUGAACAGGGCCAAGUUGCAAAGCAAGUCCUUGCGCGAGCCGAGAGAAGAGACUUUCGUGAUCAUAUUGCGAAUACAUUCGAGGUGAGCGUUGACGCGGUUACAGGGAUGUUUUCUUCUCUUUUAGACGAAGCCGAAGAACUGGAGCUCAUUCUCCUCAAGGUGAUGCAUCGCCCUGAUGUAUUUACCAUGCCCUCUUUAUCAUCCCUCUUCCCGUUCCUGGAAGCAUUAUGCCCGAAAGACGACCCGACUUGGUGCAUUCGCAGAGCCCGACAGUUAAAUGAUUAUAGCUUUGCAUGGCUCAUGAGUGGUGAGGAGAAGGAAUGUCCAUCCAAUGGGAGAUUAUCAGUGAUAUGUUGGCCACGUGAUCCACCUGGCCGUCGUAUGGGAGCGUGUAUGGACAUAAACGUGAAAGCCUUCGAUAGAGAUGACUUCUUUCUGCUUAUGUUGAUACCGGAGAACUGGGCGCAGGUAGAUAUGACUGGCAAGGUUUUGAGGCUUGGCUCUGAAUUCCUUGAUUGUGAUGAGGCUGUGGGAACUAUCAUUGACAGAGAUCAUUUUGACAGGAUUUGA